AUGGCGCCGCCUACCACCAUUAUGGGCACUGCUGCCGAGAGUCUGUCCCAGACGAGUAUCGUCACGAUGGACACGAGGGCAGACGAAGACGCCGAGAUGGAGGUGGAGGCUGAGGCUGAUAGUCUUGGCCGUGGACCGAACCAGCUCAAGGGAUUCACAGAGGGCAUCUCGGGCCACAUCAGCGUCCGCGACCCCGAGCACUACGGGCUGAUUUUGAGGCGCGCAAAGGCACUUUGA